AUUGACAUCGCUAGAGGGCGUUCUUGUAGUCGUUAAAAAUGUUGGUCGGAAUCUGUUGAAAAUGAUGAAUCCGUUUUUGCAAAUUGUUAAAACUUUCAUUAUGUUGUAGUUAAAUUACUUAACAUGAUUCUAUUUAGUAGCUAGUAAGUGGAAAAGACAUUUUGUCAAGGAAAAGAGUGAUUUAGGUGUGCGAAAGUCAUACGACUUGUGUCAUCUGACUGCUCUUCCUUCAAGAUGGCUCCUCCGCCGGAGUAUGAUAAGGAACCGAAAGCUCCGGAUAAAAGUGCAACAAAUAUUUCCACUGAAGAUUCGAAACUUCUACAUAAUUUGGUAAACGACCAGCACACAAAUUCAGACCACAAACCUAUAAAUACGGUUGCAGCCGUUGAAGUUGAGAAUAACAAACAUGUAGAGACUUUGGACGAUGGGCAAUUACGAGCGUUGUUGGACGAGGCUAUCACAUACAAAUGUCCUAAAGACCGAGAGGGUAAAAGCAGUCUAUUUAAGGAAUUGCUGGAAGAAGUGGAACAGGACGAGCAAGCGUGCGAGGCGGCGGCGCGGACGCUCAGCGGGUGCAGGGGCGCUCGGCGCGGGGGCCGCGGGCGGCGCGCGCUGCCCCACUCCAACUCGCUGCAGGACCUGGUGGCAGCCCUGGCCGCCGAGCCCGCGCCGCGCCGCCAUCAUGUGCGCCACCACCCGCCCGCGCCCGCGCCGAGCAACGUGUCCGCGCGAGCCAUACACGGCGGCAGUCUGCCUUCCGGCGUUGAUACCUCGUCGUUGCUGAGCGAGGAGCCGGCUCGCGGCGCGGGCUACCUGGCCACGGUGCGCUGCGUCAACCCGCCGCCGCUCGCCGAGCGCCGCGUGUCCGCCAGCGAUGCCAACACACCUGCUGAAAUGGAGCUACUCAAUAGAAGAAGUAAGCCGAUGUUCCCGAUGACGUACACUGCGCGCGCGACGCUGGAGAUCGGCAGCGGCAGCGUGUGCUCGGGCCGCGCGGUCACCACCACCACCGCGUCCAACCAGGUCGAUUCCGCUAUAUCGUUUAGUUGCAUCACAACACCGGAGGUUGUGUCCAGUUGCAACACGACAUCGUCUACGGCGCAGUCGGCGGUCGCCGUCGAUCCUAAGCCCCGCAGCGUCAUCUCGAGCAGUUUCAACGGGCUGCCGCUGUCGCGACCCAGCUACGGCUCCACCGGCAACUCCGCUACAGACGACUACAAGAAGUCUCUAGAUGAAAACGGCAACUCAGUACAAGGAUUCAGUUCACCUCUUUCGGGAUCUAGUCAACACAAAAAACCUCGGAGGAAAAAGUCUUCAAAGAACGAGACAGUUAUCGACUGCCAACAGAUCGACGGCUACCAAGGAGACAAGGACGUCAACGAGCUGCUUCGGUUCAUCGAAUCGAACGCGGACAACGGACGCGGCGCCAAGCUCGGCCGCGUCAAGCACAAGGACGACUCGGACGACAAGAGCGGCAAGAAGCGAUCCACCGAGCGCCGCAAGGACAAGGAGAACAAGCUCAAGCGAGCCUCCUCGCUCGAGGAGCUGUCCCGCACCAACAUCGACGACCUCACCGACGCCGCGCCCGACUGCGCCGAGCGCCGCGAGCCCGCCAAGCCCGAGCGCCGCUCCUGGGGCGACGACGCGCUCUACGACCCCGACGCCGUCGCCGAGACCGACUUCCAGACCGUCACCAAGAAGCGCAAGCCGCGGCGCCGCGCCGACGAGCCGCCGCGCCGCGCCCGCGCGCCCUCCCCGCGCCCGCGCCGCGAGUCCGCGCCGCCCUCCGACCGCAGCAACGACUCCAACGACGACAUGGACUCCGUGCACUCGCUGCCCGCCGCGCCGCCCGCGCCGCCCGCCGCCGCGCCGCCCGCGCCCGUCGCCUCCUACGCCGACAUCGCGCGCACGCGCCACAACAUCCCCGACCUCAUCUCUCUGUCCUGCAACGCCGAGGCCGAGCCCGGCGCCGCCUCGCCGCCGACGACGUACCCGCGCUGGCCGCGCGCCGCCGCGACGCCAAGCCGCCGCCGCCGCGCAGGAGCGGCCGCCCGCUCCGCCCGCCCGCCCGACUGCCCCGCGCCCGACGUGGUGGCCGACCGCCGCCCGCCCGUCAUCCUGCUGGACGAGGCGGUGCGGCCGCGCGACAUGGACGGCGUCACGUUCGGCUUCGACGUGAACGAGCAGCUGCUGAGCGGCGCGGCGCGGCGGCCGCGCUGCGACCUGGUGCGCGACGCGGCCGAGGCGGGCGUGGCCGUGCGCGCCGGCUGCCUGGCGCUGCGCUACGUGCCGCCCGCGCCGCCGCCCGACGCCGCGCCGCUGCUGCAGCUCGUGGACUACGUGGGCGCGGCCUGGGAGGACGUGGUGCGCUGCGGCGGCGGCAAGGUGCGCUACUUCAGCGAGUAGCGGCGCGCGCAGCCCCGCGCCGCCCGCCCGCGCCCGCCGGCCCGGCCCGGGCCCGGCGACGCCUCGCCCGCGCUCGACUCUCGCGGGUGUACCACCUACGUCUAACUAUUGCUUACUUUAGAAAACAAAAAAAAUAAAAAACAAAAAAUAAACAGAUAAGAUAUUGAAUCUUCCGCGGUGCCCUCGAGACAUGUGUGUGACGAUGCUAGUGUGUUAUUGCAUCGUUGACGGCCGAGCGUGGUGACAGUGUGACGUGACGGACUCGACAGAGUGAUGACGUCGGGUGUGAAGUGCGGCUGGCGAUCGCACGGUGAUGCGUCGGUGCAACUGAUCGGUAUCUCGUUUACUAUCAAAUAUAUGUGAAGUGAUUACACUACUUAACCAGUGUCAUCGCUGUGAUUGAAAUAAAUUUAAUUUCGCUUGAAAAUAUAAAAUGUGGCAAUAAGCAUUUAACGGUUCAAUUUUCACUUUAAAAAUCUUUAUUUGUUAAAAUUAAUUUAGAGGACUACGUAAUUUAAGUUUGUGGUCUGGCGCGUGGACGAUUCGGGAUGAAUGCAGUCGUGAACGUUACGAAAUCAUUGUAUGCGUGAAGCUCACUAUCGCUAUAACAUUUAAGGAUAUUUCACUAAACAAUGCGUGAUUAUGAUAUUUGCAUUUGCUGUAAUUUAACAUGUUGUUCUGCUUAACCUUGUAAAAAUUAUUAGCGUGUAUGUACGGGCCGGGAUGAGCAUCAGCCUCCCGGCCGUACAGCGCCGGCCGCUCGCCGAGCGGUGUGUGACAGCGCGUCACGUCGCAACGCGCCAGACGAACAUUACUCUUUUUUGGUUCCAGUUAAAGAGGCAUGUAUUAUUUUGUUUCUGUUGAUUUUUAUUAUGCUUUUGUUAUGCUGUAAUCACAAAUAUUUGGUAGAUUUUUCUAACUAGCCACUCAAGUCUAUUUUGUUAUAUAUUUUUAAGUUUUACCAUUAGAUACUACCUACUGUAAAUAAAAUGAAGAUCUUAUAAGGAGUAACUGGCCAUACUAUUAUGGGGCGGCGCGACUACACUUGCUCAUGAUCCUUUGACGAUAAGAUUUUAUAUCGAGCUCGUCAACUUCCACAAGUUUAUUUUGAGAUCAUAAUUAUAAUGUAAGUAAUGUUAUGCGAUGUCACCACUGGCUGUGUGAUUUAUAUUAUUUUGUUAUGAGUUGGAAUGUACAUUAUUUUGUAAAUAAAUUUUUGAUUUGGAGUCGUUAGUAAGGUCAUGAACAAGUGGAUAGUGCCGAUAUUUGAAAUUAACAUCUAAAUAAUGUAUACAUGAGGGAUUGUGUUAUGUGCAUGCGAUGAAACAGCACCGAGCGCGGCGUCAGCGUCGCCGAGAGUGUUCUUUGUUCAUUUAUUGUAAUACAGCCUUAUGUAUUAUAACGAAUGAAAGUUUGACCAAACAUUUAUAUAGUCAUUAGGAAGUCAUUUAAAAUUCAUCGUAGUCUUGAUGAUUAAAUACAGCCACAACUAUUGUCCUAAGUUAGUAAACUGUAUUCUUAAAUCCAUUUCAAAUAAUGAGUGUUACUUUGGGUAUGUGAACAUCUUAAAAAAAAAACAAAUGGCUAUUGUAUGAAUCGUGUGAUGAGUGACGUCAAUAGAUGAAAAUCAUGGUUUAUUUAAAAUCUCCAAACUGCAAGUGGGAAUUAUAAUUAUGAUGUAUAAUAGGCAAGUUAACGACAAGCCGCAUUUAAGUAACAAAUGUUUUGUGUGAUUGUUUCCAUUUGUCUUUUCCAUAUUACCAUGCAUUCAUGCUUGCAUUAUGUCUCGCUAAAUAUAAAAUUCAAACGUCAUUCUAUUUGUCUAUGAUUUUUGAAUAAGGCAAAGGUAAGGUGUUCUAAUGAUGUUUUGCUCCUAUUGUAUUUAGUAUGUUGGUAAGCAAGCAGGCUGUUAAUUCUAUUUUUUGUUGUGAACCACAACAUUUAUUUUGUAUAAAACUAGUCGAGUUCAAAAAUAAAUUAUUCGUACGAAAUUUUCGCGAUUUGUUUUUCAUCCAAAGUAAAUAUAACAAUGAGCAUUUCUAAUUUUACUGAGAUUUAAAAUUAGUCUUGUAUUGGCUUUUUACUUGUAUCAGUUUAUCAUCAUUAUAUUUCAUCAGGGUCCUUGGCUUACAAUCAGCUAUUGUGUAAGGAAUUAUUAAUUUUCGUCAAGAACUUCUGUUAAAUGAAUCAUUGAAAUGAUACCCUAUUUGGUCAACUAAACAGUUAUCUCGAUAGAAAAAAAAUAUUACUCUAAAUGAACAAAUCCUACCAUAAAAUAUUUUCAAAAUAAAAUAUUACCAACUAAAAUAAAUAAAUUUAGUAAAAUUUUGUUAUGUGAAUUACAUCAGGUUAUUUUGCAAAACGCAACUUAUUAUUUGGUCACAAAAAGAUACAUAGAUGUUAAUUGUUUGGUUAAUAAAACCAAGGAAAUGUUAUGUAGAUUUCUGUAUUCAGCAGC